AUGAUCUCUAAUUUGAAUGAUCAAUUUGAAGCAUUUUCUAUGAAUAAUGAAUCAUUUUCAUCAUUUAGAAGAAAUGGGUCUCCAAUUAACGAAGACAAGAAUGAAGAUAUUCCUGAGUUCAUUACACAGUUACUUGAUGAACAAAAUGAUUUUGAACCACCUAAAUCACAUACAUCUUUUACUGAACCUCAUACACCAAGUUCAACAAAGUAUGUUUCUGAUUUAUCUAUAUCAGAACCAAGUGCACCAAUUAGUCCAUUUCGAAAUUUAUCAACUACAUUUAUUUCACAAAGGAAUCAAAGAAUUUGUAAAUUCUAUCAAAUUGGUCAGUGUAAAUUCGGAGAUAAUUGUAAAUUUCUUCACAUUAAAACACUACCACAAGAAAAAUUAAUUUCAACACAAACACCUCAUUUUGAAAUAAUUUCACCAUCUAAUGUUUGUAUAAGUGAUUUUGGAAGUGAUUUUUCUAAGAUGUGUCAUGAUCAAUAUGGAUGUCGUUAUCUUCAACGACAAUUAGAAGAUAAUAAUCCACAAACAACGAAAUAUAUUUUUGAACAGAUGUUACCAAUUAUCACUCCAUUAAUGUCAGAUCCAUUUGGAAAUUAUUUAUGUCAAAAACUUAUUGAAGUAGUAAAUAGUGAACAACGAAUACAAAUAAUUAGAAAAAUUACACCAACAUUUUUUAUUAUUUCAAAGAAUAUUCAUGGAACUCGUUCAAUUCAAAAAUUAAUUUCAUGUUAUUCUACUAAAGAAGAACAAAAUAUGUUAAUAAAUGUUAUUUCACCAUAUGUUAUUGAAUUAAUUUUUGAUUCAAAUGGAAAUCAUGUUAUUCAAGAAUGUUUAAAAACAUUUGGAAAAAGUGAUAAUGGGUUUAUUUUUGAUACAAUUGUGAAUGAUGAUAAUUUAGUAAAAGUAGCAACUCAUAAACAUGGAUGUUGUGUUGUUCAAAGAUGUAUUGAUUAUGGAAAUAGACAACAAUUAAUUACUUUAAUAGAUGAAAUUGUAAAAAAUUCAUUAAUUUUAGUUAAAGAUGCAUUUGGAAAUUAUGUUGUACAAUAUAUAUUAAAUGUAGAUAUUGUAGGAGUUAUUAUUGAUGUAACAAAAAUGCUUCUUAAUGAUUUAAUUGAUUUAUCAAUGCAAAAAUUUUCAUCAAAUGUAAUUGAAAAAUUAAUACGUUCAGAUGAAAUUGAAGUAAGACAAAUGAUAUUUGAUAAAUUUUUACAAAUUAAAGAUGUAACUAAACUCUUACAAGAUUCAUAUGCUAAUUAUGUGAUUCAAACAUGUUUAGACCAAAGUUCUGUUGAAUAUCAUUCAAAAUUAUCAAAUUGGAUUACUCCUCAUUUAUCUACUAUAAGAAAUACACCAUAUUAUAAAAAGAUUCAAAAUAAACUUCGUCGAGAUGAAAACAAACAACAUUAUAGUGUAAAUUAA